AUGCUUAUUCCCAAGGCAGACCGAAAGAAGAUCCACGAGUACCUCUUCCGAGAGGGCUGUGCCGUGGCAGCUAAGGAUUACAACUUGGCCGCUCACCCCGAGAUCGAGGGUGUCAAGAACCUGUUCGUCAUCAAGGCUCUCCAGUCCUUGACCUCCCGCGGCUAUGUCAAGACCCAGUUCUCGUGGCAAUACUACUACUACACCCUGACUCCCGAGGGUCUCGACUACCUACGCGAGUGGCUGCACCUUCCCGCCGAGAUUGUCCCUGCGACGCACAUCAAGCAGCAGCGAUCCCACGCUCCUCCCCGUGGCAUGAUGGGUGAGGGUGAGCGCGAGCGGAGACCUUUCGGUGGACGUGGCCGUGGCGACCGUGGCGACCGUGAGGGCGGAUACCGACGACGUGAUGCUGGUGAGGGCAAGGAGGGUGGUGCUCCUGGCGACUUCGCUCCUCAGUUCCGUGGUGGCUUUGGCCGUGGUCGUGGCGCGCCGCCAUCAUAA